ACCUCAAUCAAUGGAAAGCGCAUUAUCGUGAUCGGGGGUGGAUGUUAUAGACUGAGGAACAUAUGGCAGGAUGCAGCAAAAUAUGGAAUAGAGGUAAUUCUUGUGGAAGCAGAUAGUCAGCACAUUGCCAAAGAUCAUGUACCUCGUUUUAUCCACUACGAUUUCUCUGAUCAUAAAAUCGACAACGUGCAUGCGGCCGAAAUCGUCAAUUUAAUACAUGGCCAAGGAAUCAAGGCGGAUGGAUGUCUUUCUUUCUGGGACGAAUGUGUACCUUUGGCAGCUCUGAUUAAUGAAAAAUUGGGAACAAAAGGUCCAAGCUUCAGGGCAUCGAUGACAGCCAAUUCGAAAUCAAGAACUCUAAAUGUUUUGGGCAUGCGCGGCGCAGAUUCAUCUCAGUGGCAUCGGACGGACAUUUAUGCAACAAAGGCCGUACAUUUGACGACAGAAAUGGACUGCGAUAAAUUGCCUGAUGGCUUUAGGUUUCCUGCAAUGUUGAAACUAGAUAACGGCGCGGGUUCAAUUGGUGCUUGUGUUGUUGAAAACGACGUUGAAUUAAAAAAGAAAUUCUGUCAAAUAACGAGUUCACUUCAGAAUGAUACGGACUUUCCCGGAAUCGGGCUCACUCAUGGUAAUUCGAUGAUGACAAUGGAGUUUUACGGCGGAACUGAGCAUAUAGUUGACGUUAUCAUAUACGACAGCAAGCUUAUUGCUGCUUUUAUCACAGACAGUGGUAUGGUCAGACGACCCUAUUUCAUUGCAACAGCUAGGCGUAUGCCGUCAUUCCUGUCUGAGGACAAACAAGCAUGGCUUAUUGAAGCGCACACCUUUAAUUACCAUAUACUUACGACUUCAGGAUUGUCCGAUGGUACUUUUAAUGUCGAGUUUAAAGUAACCGAGAAUGGGCCGAAGCUACUGGAAAUCAAUUCGAGGAUGGGCGGAUAUUGCUUACGGGAUUGGUUGAGGAAAUUGUACGGUAUAGACAUCAUGCUAUACUCUAUGAUGAUUGCAGCUGGUAUUUCUCCCUUCGUACGUACACCUCCUGUAGAUAAAGUCCUUAUUGGUGUAAUGGUUAUACCUUCACUGCAUGCGAAAAUAUUAAAUGAAGAGCCUCUUAGAAACCUGCUGUAUAACAUGAUAGAGAAAGAGGAGAUUUUCUUUCUACAGUUUCGCAAAAUUAGUGAGAAUGUGCCUUCUUACGACAAACCUUUCGGUAAUAUUGCUGUUUCUGGUUCCACGUCACAAGAAGCUAAACAAAAGUUGAUGAAAGUUUGCAGAGAGCUGGACAUUGAUCAACCAAACUAUCAAGUGGAGCAGCUGAUCCAUCAUUUUUAGAUAAAAAUAUACAUCAUUAACCUAUUUAGACUUUUGUAUAUUCGUGCAGUUCAGAAAGUAAACAGUCUUUUAAAUUCAUGAGCAAAUAUAUGUUUAUCUUAGUAUCUGAAAUAUGUUCUAUUUAAAAGUAUACUUCACAUAACGUUUCAUCUAACCAUGACCUUUGCGAAUCAUAUAGCAGACUUGUACCUUCAUAUCAUAACUAUUGUUACAUAUUUGCAAGAAAGUAUGUAUGUCUCCAAUUAUGAAAUAGACUUUGUAUUUUGUUCAAAUAUAAGACUUAGUUAAAAACCUCUCUCACAUACACUGUAUACAUGAUACGUAUGCUAUAUAAAUAUGUUCUUACCGUUAUAUUUUAAAGAUACGUACGUAUAUUAGUAAUAAUAUAUACCCCGCUUACAUUUUAUUAAAGGGUAACAUUAGCUUC